UGUCUGUAGUCAUUGUGUGUUUUUUUCCUGCCUCUCCUUUAGUACUAUUUUACCUAGUAAACAUUAACCUCCUACUAUGUGUCAGACACUACGCUGGGCUCUGGAGUUACAGAGGAAAGGCAAAGGACCAGAAGUACCCAGAAGGAGCUAGCAGUCUAAUGGGGAAGAUAACUUGCAAAAAACUCUGAACAAACAAGCUAUAGAUGGGAAAACCAGGAAAUAAUCAACAGAUAGAAGGCACUGGAAUUAAAAGGGAUUGGAAAAGGGUUCCUUUAGAAGGUAUACCUAUAAUUUCAGAAGUAUCUCAGGAAGGAAGACUGACAGAACAUGAUUUGCCUACAAAUGUUGAUGCUAGUAAUUUGAAAAAAAGAAGUUGGAGAUUAUUAGCCCCUGGGAUAGUUGGUGGGACAUUAGUAGCUGUGUAUGCAGUUGCUACUCCUUUUUUAACUCCAGCCUUCCGGAAGAUUUGUUUGCCUUUUGUACCUGCAACUUCAAAUCAGAUUGAAAAUGUUCUGAAGAUGUUACGAUGUAGAAGUGGAUCCCUAGUAGACAUUGGUAGUGGAGAUGGACGUAUUGUCAUUGCUGCUGCAAAAGAAGGAUUCAGAGCUGUUGGUUAUGAGUUAAAUCCUUGGCUAGUUUGGUACUCCAGGUAUCGUGCUUGGAGAGAAGGUGUCCAUGAUGGGGCAACAUUUUAUGUUUCAGAUUUGUGGAAGGUCAGUUUUUCACAGUAUACAAAUGUAGUAAUUUUUGGAGUGCCUCAGAUGAUGCCACAGUUGGAGAAGAAACUUCAGCUAGAACUGGAAGAUGAUGCCAGAGUCAUUGCUUGUCGAUUUCCUUUUCCACACUGGAUCCCAGAUCAUAUUACUGGAGAGGGGAUAGAUACUGUGUGGGCAUAUGAUUCUAAGGCUUUUAAAGGAAGUGAAAAGAACUGCCCCAAACCUAUGCCAAAGGUGCAUUUGUAUUAAGUCAUCCAAGUGAAAACUUUGUUGAAAGCAUAAUUCUUGAUUAUUUCUAGUACAAAGCACAUUUACAUCUAGUGCUUUUGUAGUUUACUUACAAAAUGUACCUUAAUAAAUUUCACAUUUUUUUAAAUUAGGAAAAUGCCCUGUGGAAUGGAUCAUAAAAUUAAUCCAUUUUUCUUUUGAGGGGGCAAAGAGGAACACAAGUGGAUUAUGAAUGCAUAAUGAACAGUGCCUACAGUGGGUUUACUAUAAUGUCAUAUACUUGAACUCUCAAUAAAUAUGAAUUGGUGGUGAUGUUUUUCAUAGAUAGAACAAGGCAAUAGUUAAGAAUAAAUGAUCCUUUUUAAUGAUUUUUUUGUUAAUAUAAAUAUAAUUUCCUAUAACUCAAUUAACAUUUCAAUUUCAUCUUUCCCUCUUUUGUCAAAAUUAGUAACCCAAAGGAUUUCAUAAAGCAUUUAAGAACACAUUUGGUAUAAUUCUUUCCUAUGCAAAUAAAGAUAUGAAUCAUAUACCCACCACCCAAAUGCUAAGAAAAGCUCAUUUGCAGAGGUUACAGACCUCUAAUUUAGUGCUUUCCAGUAUGUGAGCCCUGGACACUUGGGAGAGGGAAACACAGUUAUUGUGAAACUAUCAAUAAGCAAAUUUAACUUGUAUGCUGGAUAAAUAAUAUCACACAAAUACAUAUAUUGUUAGUUUUCAGAUGUGUUUGGAUGCUGUUAAGAUGAAUAAAAAACAUUCACUUAAAAGCA